AAGAAGCGUCCCCCCAGGGACUCAGAGCCCCACUUUUUUUUCAGGGACCCCGAGAGAGAGAGCGGAGGGCCCGACCUGAGUAGUGUCCCCCGGAGCGUGCGUGCCCCGAGGAGGAGGCAGCGUGUCCCUCAGGGACCCCGAACGUAGCUGGCGCGGGCGCCGAGCGCUUUCCCCCAGCCCGAACCCGGCGGGUGGUGUGGCUGCACUUGAACCAAACGGCCUCCGCGGGCCGCCGCCUCCCGGGGCUCCCGAGGGCCUCUUACCGCCUCCAUCGCCCCAAGUGCAGAGUCUGCCGCGUCUUCAGCCCCAGAGCCCCGGGAAACAUCCCAACCCCAGAGAAGGGCGGAUUCACGGAGAAGAGACGAUGCUUAAGACGACAAGGAUAGCGAUCUCCCUGGGUCACCUGAAUUGAACUUGAAACUUGAGUUAUUGACAUCAGGGGCAAACAUGCUGGACCCGAAGAGUGAAAUGGACUUUUUUGACCAAGAAAAUAUGGAGGAGAUCUCCCAACUCGCUUCCCUGGAGAUGUCAGGGGAUGUAGUCGUCAAGGGAAAAUCUUCAACUGUCGUCCUAGAAAAACCCAGCUACCCAGACUCCGUGUACGUUAUGGCGGCGAACAUUUUUCAGGGUAUUCGAAUCCAAAGGUCGCCAGACAAAGUCAUAAUAAAUUACGGAAAUGAACCCCUGCAGUCGUCUUUGCUCCACACCGAGGAUGAAUCUUUUCAGCGUUUGUCCUAUGAGCUGGCUUUCAGUACCCUGAAGUAUCAAGAUAUUUUGGAAAGUAUAUUAAUAGAUAGCUAUAUCUUCUCAAGUACCACAAUCGCAGAUCGGUUGAACAGUCUUAUUGUUGUGAUGCUGUAUGAUUUCCAAGACAGAAAAUUUCAGCCCCGUGUCCUUCCCGAUGAUGAAGAGACCAUACCAGAAGUCCAAGAAGUCGAGAAUCUUCUAAACAGCUUUAAGACAAAAUUGGCUGCGGCGUUGGCGAGAUGUCGAAUCAAACACGAUGCCCUCUCUAUUUACCAUAUUCUGCCAGAGACAGUGAGGAAACAGGAACAGAGGGCCUCGACUUUGCCUCUUUAUGCUUGGAUAAACACUAGUAAAAUAAGCCUUGAAGAAGUCUAUAGUAAUUUGAGGAGAAAAGGUUAUAAUAAAGUCAAGUCUGUAACGCCUCUCAAUGAUAAAGUCUUUGCUAUAGACCAGCACUGCUACAAUGUCUUAAUUUUUCCAGCUCAUCUCAAAACAGACCUUUUAAACAUAGAUCUUAUAAAAGACUAUAAACUUGUUUUCCAGGACAAAUCUCGAAGUCUGGCUGUCCACUCUGUAAAAGCAUUAAUAAACAUGGAUGAUGAUAUCCUAAUGGUCAACACGGGCUCAUGGUACACAGUUGCCCACAUGUCCAUCUUAACAAGUGGUAACACUUCGAAAAUAUUUGUAUGUGGAAUACAACCAGAAGAGAAGGAUUCUGACGCGAAGAAACUUUUUACAAAAAUGGGAUGUGAAAAUAUCGAAAUACUUCAUGAAACAUUUCUUAGCAUUGAAUCAAAGGACCACCGGCUACAGAACGUGAAGGUUAUUCUGUUGCUGCCUCGCUGUUCAAGCCUUGGUGUUAGUAAUCCAGUGGAAUUUAUUUUAAAUGAACAUGAAGAUACAAGUUUACUUCAGGAUCUUUCUCAAGGUGGUCUACCAAAGGAUAAACUUCAGAUUUUCGCUCAGCAGCAAUUUGAACAGUUAACACAUGCAAUGAAAUUUGCCAAAGUUCAAGCAAUUGUUUAUUGCACAUGUUCUGUUUCUGAAGAGGAAAAUGAAGAAGUUGUUAAGAAAGCACUGGCGUGCCAAAGCCCAGGGGUUAAAAUACAACCUUACAGGCUCAGCCCUCCCGUCCUCCCUCUGUGCUCCUUAAAAGAGAUAGAACUGUCUAUGGACAGAUUCUUCAGAUUGGAACCAUCUGAUAUUACCAAUGGCUGUUUCCUUUCUAUCUUAACAAGAGAGCGAGACCCGUCCGAGACAGUGUCAGUGAAAGACGUUCUGGCCAGGGCGGCAGCCAAAGGUCUCCUGGAAGGGGUUGAGGUUGGGAAGGCACUCAAACGGGACAAGAAGAGGAAAAAACCAAAAGCAGUACCGCCCAGAGCCCCUCACCAUGUGGACCCACUUCGUGACCAUACUUUGGCAGCGGUUGGUAACGAUGCCAGCAGCAUCCAAAUGAAAAUCACUGAGUUCCUGCAUCGAGAAAGUGCAACAAGUACUGCGGCAAAAACACCUCUCCCAGCAAAAACUGUGCAAGUGGGCGCCUCCUCCCAGAUCAGAAAGCCCAUCAAGCCUUUAUCCACCCCACUGGUGAGGAACGCUUCCAGGCCCGUAGAAAGGCCGACAAACUUUGGGAGAUCGAGGCCAGAAGGCAAAGUGAUUCCUCUGAAACCAGUUGAAAUCGUUCUGCCUCCAGUGAUGUUCCCACUGAGUCCUCAGGGGCCCAGGUUCCAGAUGCCAGCCACCCAUUUCUAUUACCGCUUCAUUGGAUCAAAGGACUCUUCUAGGGAGGACAGGAUCAAUAAUUUCCUGAUAAAGUAA